GUGACAUUUUUGUUAUUUAUAGCAAUUCUAAUAUCUUUGAGGUCAUAGUAAUUUUACGUAUAAAAGAAUGGUUAAGGAGGUCAGUGAAAUUCGUUCCCAUGAAGCUGUGGUGCAAAUCGCAAGCUGUGAAUAUUUCCCCAUAAACUAGACAGGUUGUAGAGGUCGUGGGAGCAUUGAUAGUUGGUAGAGAGGGACUAACUAGGGUGGAAGCUUCUCGAUGAUAUGAUGUCAAACUAAUUUUAACCGCGGCUGCAGCUGGAACUCCCAGGCCGUCACCAAAGCGGAAGAUUUUAAAACCUGACAGCAAACGUGCUAAAAGGAACUUCAAAGAGAUUUCUCUCCUUUCAACAAGUGGCGAUUUCGUCAAAGAUGGUUGUGUUUCAGCCAAGUGGUAAACACGUUCUCCAUUCUUUAAAACCAUGCGAUCUCUCGUCUUGUACCAAGAGAGAGAUCAAAGAAUACUUCGAAAACACCUAUGACCUGUACGAGACAUUAUUUACGAGUCUAAAAG